UACGAUGUCAAAAAGAAGAGGAUGAAGAAAAUAAGUAGAAAUGUUCCAUGGUCGUUCGUCUCCCUGACAGUCUUCACUGAGGGAAUUGGGAACAACAAACUACUCACUGAUACAACUUCCUGCUUAUAGAGUCCACAGCAAGUCUGUAAUGUUGUGCCAUUACAUUUAUGAAGCAGCUGGGGGAACCAAGGUGAUAUCCGAUUGUGAAGACAUUGCCAGAAAAAAACAGCCAGCGAGGCUACAUUAGGUCUUUAUACGAUGUCAGCUGUAACUAACACAUUUGAAAAUGUGAAAGCAGUUAUCUUAUCAUGUCAUAAAGGCACUACACCAAAAGAAAAGGUGGACUUCUACGAUACCUGGGCACAGAACUAUGAUCAGGAUGUGGCUGUUCUGGACUACCGUGCACCAAGUCUGGCAGCAAGCCGCAUCUCCUCCCAUUUCAGCGGUGACCGGGCAGCAGCUGCUGUGUUGGACGUGGCCUGUGGUACUGGACUGGUAGCCAAACAGCUGAAGAGACAUGGAUUUGGACAGUUUGUGGGUAUUGAUGGAAGCGAGGCUAUGCUGGAGUUGGCCAGAGAGAGCGGGUUGUACCGGGACCUGAAGCAGUCCAUGCUGGGAGAGGAGCCACUGCCUGUCCAGUGGGUGAAGCUCUUCCGCUUCACUCUUCCUCUUCCAGCGGAUUCUUUUGAUGUGGUCUUGAUCGUUGGAGCGCUGAGUGUUGGUCAGGUCCCGGUUGGUGUGGUCAGAGAGCUGUGCAAAUCCGCUAAACCAGGUGGCUACGUUUGCAUGACAACCAGAGGUAACCGUGACAAUCUGGAGUUCAAAGGCGCCCUGGAGCGUGAGCUGAAGCAGAUGGAGGACGAGGGGCUUUGGAGUUGUGUAGAGGUCACUGAAGUGAAAGACUGGGAGAGGGCAGUGUCAGAGCAGGAGGAUGGCUAUAUAUCUGGCACUGUGUACCUCUACAAGAAACUACAACUAUAGCACAGUGCCCAACAAUCUCGAUGUGACUUCACACCAGCCAAGGUACAAAACAAAAUUAUCCAAAAAGUUACAAAAUAUACAAAUAACUCACUCAAAGAAAGUGUCAGGGAUUUUUGACACUGUCAGUGUAAAUUUAAAACUUGAAAGUUUCAUGACUAUAUGUGUCAGUUUCAUGUUUAACAAUAUCUAUGUUAGAUACAUAUGCAUGUUGCUGUAAAAUGGAUCUGAAAAAUGUGCUUGUAGAUAUGUAGUUAAGUCCUCUAAACAGAAACUGAUUGAACAGACAUAGAGACUGUAAUAAAUGAAGACGUAACUUUUA